AUGAAUCCAAAAUCGAUUACGGCCUCUCAAAUGUUUGGCAUUCUUGAUGUUGCAACCAAUGAUUGGACAGAUGGAAUAUUUUCUACACUUUGGCGUCGUACUUUAAAAGCUUAUGAAGUAUCAUCAAAGUCAGGAAUUCAAGAAGCUUGGUGGAUUAUUCUCGAUGGUCCUGUUGAUGCAAUAUGGAUUGAAAAUCUAAAUUCAGUUUUAGAUGAUAACAAAUUAUUAACAUUAGCGAACGGUGAUCGUAUACAAAUGGCACCGAAUGUGAAACUUAUAUUUGAAGUGCACAAUAUUGACAAUGCAUCGCCAGCAACUGUGUCACGUUGCGGAAUGAUUUUUAUGUCAUCGACUGUUCUUCCUUGGAGGCCAAUAUUUCAAGCAUGGAUGAAUAAACAAAUAAAAAAUAUUGGAAUUUAUAUAUUUGAAACAGUUGAAAAACAUUUCGAUGAACUAUUUAAAUUAUUAAUUACAAAAUGUUCACCGAAAAUGAAAGUCUACGAAUGUAACUAUAUUAAACAGACGAUUGAUCUACUCGAUGGAUUAUUGAGCAAAGAAAUCGAAUAUACAAAAGUUUAUUUAGAACGAUUGACUGUAUUUUCAUUGAUGUGGAGUAUGGGAGCAUUAUUAGAGCUAAAUGAUCGAACUAAAAUUGAACAAUAUUUUAUUAAUCGAAAUGAUACUGAUACUCCGAACAAUAUUCUACAAGGUGACUCAAUAUUUGAUUACCUAGUUAAUGAUGAUGGCCAAUGGGAACAUUGGUCGACUCAUGUUGAAUCAUGGCAAUAUCCUAAAGAUGAAAAAAUUGAUUUUGCAUCAAUUCUUGUUCCUAAUAUUGACAAUGUUCGUAUUUCAUAUUUGAUAAAAAUUCUUUCUAAACAAGAGAAAUCUGUAUUAUUAAUUGGUGAGCCUGGUACAGCUAAAACUGUAAUUAUUACGAGUUAUUUAAAACAUUAUGACAGUGAACAACAUUUAACACGAAUCAUAAAUUUUUCCUCAAUAACAACAAGCAGCUUAAUACAAAAGACAAUAGAAAAUUUCGUUGAUAAACGUGUUGCAAAUACAUUUGGUCCAUCGUUUGGACGUAAAAUGACGAUAUUUAUUGACGAUAUUAAUAUGCCCAUGAUAAAUUCUUGGGGCGAUCAAGAAGCCAAUGAAAUUCUUCGGCAACUUGUUGAACAAAAAGGUUUCUAUUCAUUAACGAAGCCGGGCGAUUUUCUUAAUAUAAUUGAUUUACAAUUUCUGGCUGCUAUGUGUCAUCCGGGUGGUGGCCGAAAUGAUAUAUCGGAACGAUUAAAACGACAUUUUUUCAUUUUAAAUUGUACAUUACCAUCGAACAAUGCAGUCGACCAUAUAUUUGGUUCAAUAGGAAAAUAUUUUUGUUUAGAAAGAAAUUUUUCUAAUGAUAUUAUUGAAAUAGUUCAAAAAUCGAUUUCAGCAACACGAAUUCUAUGGCAAACAGCAAAAGGAAAAUUUCUACCAACACCAGCUAAAUUUCACUACGUAUUCAAUUUAAGAGAUCUAUCACGUAUAUGGGAAGGUAUAUUACAAAUUGAUUAUGAGCAAUGUCAAAAUGGCGUUGAACAAUAUUUACAAUUAUGGAAACAUGAAUGUACAAGAGUAUUAGCUGAUCGAUUGAUUGUAAGCAUGGAAAAAGAAUGGUUUAGAAAAGAACAGCAUCGAAUUGCUAAACAAACGUUUGGUGAUGUUUAUAAUAUUUCAAUAGAAGAAGAUUCCGAAAUUUAUUUUGCUAAUUUUCUUCGCGAAGAACUUGACGUCACGGAUGACAUGGGUGAUGAUAUUGAUCUUGCUGAUUUAUUGCCAAAAAUUUAUGAACCUAUAUCCUCAUGGAAUGUAUUAGAAACAAAACUGAUGUCUAGUAUGACAAAAAUGAACGAAGAAAUUCGUGGAAGUAAUAUGGAUUUAGUAUUUUUCAAAGAUGCCAUGAUUCAUCUAUUACGCAUUUCACGUGUCAUUAAUAUGCCCAAAGGACAUUUAUUAUUGGUUGGCGUUGGUGGCAGUGGAAAACAAUCUUUAACUAAAUUAGCAGCUUAUAUCGCAGGUUAUAAAUAUUUUCAAAUAAGUGUCUCAAGAACGUAUACGUUAAAUAAUUUUUUGGAUGACUUACGUAAUAUUUAUCGACGUGCAGCUCGUCUUGGUCAAGGCAUUGUAUUUGUGUUUACUGAUAAUGAUAUAAAAGAUGAUCAAUUUCUUGAAUAUUUAAAUAAUGUUCUUAGUUCUGGAGAAGUUUCUGGUUUAAUAACACGUGAAGAAAUGGAUGAAACUCUAUCGGAAUUAUCAGUGAAAAUGAAAAAAGAAUAUCCAAAACGAGCAUUAACAAAUGAAAAUUUACAAAAUUAUUACUAUGAGCGGCUACGUAAAAAUCUUCACGUUGUUUUAUGUUUUUCACCAGAUAACCGAAAAUUUCGUGAACAUGCAUUGAAAUUUCCCGCAUUAGUUUCUGGUUGUACUAUCGAUUGGUUUUACCGUUGGCCACUCGAUGCUCUUGUAGCUGUGUCAAAUGUUUAUUUAAAUCGUUUUGAUAUUCUCGUUACGUCGAAUACAAUUAAAAGGAAUGUUAUAGAAUUAAUGGCUGAUAUUCAUGAUGAUGUUAGUCGAAUAUGUGACAAUUACUAUGAAAAAUUUCGCCGACGAACAUACGUGACACCAAAAUCAUUUCUAUCAUUUAUUAAUGCAUUCAAAUUGCAUUAUAAAAAACAACGUGAAUAUUUCGAAAAAGAAAAACAGAAAAUGAAAACGGGCGUUCAAAAAUUGUUUGAAGCAGCUGAACAAGUUCAAGAAAUUACACAAGAGUUAAUUUCGAAGGAAAAGUCAAUGGCAAUUGCUAACACGGAAGCAGCAAAACAAGUAGCCGAAAUGGAAGUAUUACGUAGUGCAGCUGAAAUCAAAACAACAGAAGUUCAAGAAUCGAAAGCGACAGCUGAAAUACUUGUUAAACAAGUCAACGAAGAAAAAGCAAUGGCCGAAGAAGAAUUAUCAGCCGCUGAAGUUAUUUUAAAAGAAGCUGAAGAAGCUGUUAAAGUAUGA